UCCAUAACCACAGCGCAAGUUCUUUUUUUUAUUUGAUUAUUUUGUUCGUUCAUGGACUCCUCCGCUCAACAAAAAGCAUGACCAAAUCCAAGAACUUCUUCCAAAACAUCAUCAAACCCUUCAGUUCCAGCUCAACGAAAGAAAGCCAAAAAGAAGAUUUGUCAAAGCUCGCUGCUCAAGAUCAAAAAGUUUUCACUUUCCAAACCCUAGUUUCUGCAACAAAAAAUUUCCACCCUGAUAAGAAGCUUGGUCAAGGGGGUUUUGGCCCUGUUUUCAAGGGAAAACUCAAUGAUGGAGUGGAAAUUGCUGUGAAGAAGCUAUCACACACCUCAAAUCAAGGGAAAAAAGAGUUUGUAAAUGAGGCCAAAUUAUUGGCACGUGUACAACACCGUAAUGUUGUGAGCUUAUUAGGGUAUUGUGUUUCCCCCGAGAAGCUUUUGGUAUAUGAAUACGUACCUAAUGAAAGCUUAGACAAGCUUCUUUUCAAAUCUACAACGCGUGAUGUAUUGGAUUGGAAGCGUAGAUACGACAUAAUUUCUGGUGUAGCACGAGGCUUACUUUACCUUCAUGAGGAUGCACAUGAUUGCAUUAUUCAUAGAGAUAUAAAAGCUAGUAAUAUUUUAUUAGAUGAAAAAUGGGUACCCAAGAUUGCUGAUUUUGGUAUGGCUAAACUUUACCCUGAAGAUCAAACUCAUGUGAACACUCGUGUAGCGGGUACCAAUGGAUAUAUGGCACCCGAGUAUGUCAUGAAAGGUAAUCUAUCGGUCAAGGCAGACGUAUAUAGCUUUGGUGUGGUGGUUCUUGAGCUCAUUAGCGGUCAAAAGAACUUUACUUUCAACCUCGAUCUCGAUUGCAUAAAUCUUCUUGAUUGGGCAUACAAGAUGUACAAGAAAGGAAAAGGGCUUGAAAUUUUGGAGGCAAGAUUGGCUUCUUCAGCUGAUCCUGAUCAAGUAGCUACUUGCAUAAAGAUUGGAUUAUUAUGCACCCAAUAUGAUCACCAUCUACGGCCCACAAUGAGCCGUGUGGUGCUGAUGCUAUCCCGGAAGCCAAGCACGCUCGAUGAACCAACCCAACCCGGGUACCUGGGCUCGAGACACAGGCGGUCUCGUGAGCCCGGUACAUUCUCUUCUUCAGAAGGGACUUCCGGCGGGUCCAACUCCACCGCCACUGCCUCCACCACCACCGCCACCGGAACUGCUACUUCAUCUGCCCGUGCAAUUUCAAGUUCCGAUCAUCGGCAUAGGCAUCGUGGGUCAACUUCCACGGGUCCAGUAUCGGACCCUUAUGGGAAACGGCCGGUAGAUAAUAAUAGGUUUUUUACUAGAUAAUAUAGGAAACUAUUGGAUAGUAUUUUUGUACAAAAAAUAGUAGGGUAGAUUUGGGAAGGAUGUAAAGUAAAUAACAAGGUCUAAUUGGUAUUUAGCAUACAAAUAUUGAUUGUUUUGGGGUGACUUAAUGAGAGAAUUUAACUUGGUUCAAUUUUCAAACGCC